GAGCUCUUAGAGGCGCCAAAUUCCUUGCAGGAAGGCCCAACCGCCCUCCUAGAUCUGCCGCUUCAGGCCACAGCGGGAGGGAUGGUAGUCUCAGGCCAAAGGUCGCCGGCAGAGAAGUCCACAAGGACCCCGCGCUGCGCAGCUUCGCGUCUCCAAAAGCUCGGAGUUUCGGGGCGCCUGACGGCCCCGACGGGUGCGAAGGGGGCGCUCCGCGGCCAAGUUCACCACGUCACUCGCGAUCUGACCCGCUGUUCCCGCCCCGGUUCCUGGUGACGCGAGCGACACAGGCCGCCGAGGGUUUAAAUUCUUCUUCAUCAUAAUCAUCAUCAUCAUCAUCACCAUCAUCAUCAUCUUGGGUACCCUUCAAGGCAGCAAUCACCGACUAUGGCCUCGUGGGUUUGGAGGAUGCUUCCUAGGAAUGUCCGUUCCUUGACUACAUCCUCAGAGAACCAGCGGGUUGAAGAUUGUCAUCGUCACCAGGAGGCCUAUGGGUACUUCUUGCCCAUCCAGACGAGGUGGCAGGACAAUGACCAGUAUGGCCACGUGAACAAUGCCGUGUACUACAGCUACUUUGACACCAUUAUCAACCACUACCUGAUCAGGUACUGCGGCCUGAAAACCCGCUUGCUGACGUCCCCCUUGGUGGGGUUCAUGGUGACCAAUCAGUGCACCUUCCACGCACCGGUCGGCUUCCCUCAGGUCCCGGUGGCUGCUCUGGCCGUGGAGAAAGUGGGCCACUCCAGUGUGCAUUACCGCCUUGCUCUGUUUCCACCCAAGCCCGCCCAGGAGCCGCCCACAGCAGAUCACCGUGACCUCAGUGAUGGCUUUUUCUUUGGCCACCCCAAGCUGGCACAAUUUGACACUUUGGCCUGUACCACUGGGUCCUCGGUCCACGUUUUUGUGAAUCCAGCCAUCAGCAAGCCCGUGAGCCUCCCAGAAGACUUCAGGAGGGGCCUCCUGAGGCUGAGGAGGCUGGCUUCCGUGUGACAUGUCUGUGUGUGGAAUUGUGCCUGUCAAGGAAUAAACUUGAGAUUAUUCUCUAAA